AUGGCACAUACACGUUCUAGCCUGAGCAAAGACGAUAUUGUCUUGGAGAAUCUGGAACAUGUUUCCCAAGAGCAGCAGCUGCUUUCUCUGUUUCCAGUGCUUCAGAAUAAGACUCCAGAGGAGUUGGAGAGAUUGAACAAGGCUGUGCUCAGCAAGUUGGAUUGGUGUUUUCUGCCUUGUGUGACCAUGAUGCUUCUGAUGAGCUACCUUGACCGUAUCAAUGUUUCCAAUGCCCGCCUGGCUGGUAUGCAGGAUGACUUGCACAUGACCGAUACCGUCUGGUCUGCUGGAAUCUCGCUAUUCUAUGUUGGCUACAUCAUCUCCCAAGUUCCUGCCAACGUGUUCAUCGCCAAAGGAAAGCCAAGCAUCAUCUUCCCAUCCAUUAUGUUGGCUUGGUCGGCCGUGACUAUUUGCAUGCCGGCUCUCUCAUCCGGCUGGGGAUUCUGUCUCUGUCGUUUCCUCGUCGGUCUCGCCGAGGGCCCGUUCAUCCCUGCCGUGUCGUUGCUCACCUCGUCCUGGUAUACUCGCGAAGAAUCGCCAUUACGCAUGGGGAUCUGGCACGCGGGAAACACUAUUUCCAACGCGUUUUCCGGUCUCCUUGCGGCGGGAAUCCUUACGAACAUGGAUGGAAUCGCGGGUCUUCGCGCCUGGCAAUGGUUCAUUCUUUUGGAAGGCAUCGUCAGUAUUAUCGUGGGAGUGCUGGCCUACGGCUUUAUCCCUAAUUUCCCCGACAACACCGGUAGUCGCUGGUUCAAUGAGGAAGAGGCUGCGAUGGCACAGUACCGUCAAGUCCUCUCUGCCGGUGGCGUCCGCGAGGACGACGAAGGGAGUCAUUGGGGCGGAGUGCUCCUGGCCAUCAAGGACCCGUUUACCUGGUUCUUCUCGGCGAUCCAUUUCUCACUGAUUAUUGCUCAAUCGUUCAAGGAUUUCUUCCCUUCGAUUGUCGGUACCUUGAACUUCUCCCAGGUCGUGACAUAUCUUGUGCAGGCUCCGCCGUAUUUCAUUGCCUACUUCGCGACCCUGGUCAUCUCUUGGUCGUCCGGUAGAACGCUAGAUCAUUGCUGGCAUAUCGUCGCACCAGUGAUGGUUGCUCUCGUCGGCGCCGUGCUUAUGAUCGCAACGUUGAAUCCCGGCGCGCGAUACUUCGGGCUGGUAUUGCUAUGCACGGGGCCUUACGUCGGAUUGAAUAUCCAAAUCGCCUGGGAAACCACCGUCGUCCCACGUCCCCGAACGAAACGUGCCGCGCUGAUCGCCAUUGCCAAUUGCGUCUCCUCUGUCUCACACUGGUUCACGCCCUACUUCUUCCUUCGGUCGCAGGAGCCUCGAUACGAGACGGGUGGAGGAAUCAUUAUUGCGGGAUGUGGACUAGUGAUUAUCUCGGCCGUCAUGACCCGGUGGUGGUGUAUGCGGAAGAACAAACAAUUGGACGAGGCAGAGGCAGAGAGUGGGAAUGUGACGGAGUGGAGGUUCGCUACUUGA